CACGACGACAUUGUCAAACAGUCGUGAACACUCUCGGAAUGUUCAGCCGCCUUAUCCUCUUCUUCGCUGAUGGUGAUCCUAGACUUUCUUUCUUACCAUAAUACGAUGUUUCCCUGGAAAUAUUCGCUGCAUGACGAAAAGACGAAACUUAUUCAUGAACUCGCUAAGGGGAUUCGCUUUUUUGAAGGAUUAUCGAGUUACGAAAAUACUUUGGCGCAAUCAAAUUCAGAAUAAUUUAUAAUUUAUUAUAUUUAUUAUUACUUUACAUGAUGCUUUGCCUCCAAGUUGCAACAUUUUUUCGAACUCAUAUGUUCGGGACCCAUUAGUGUCUUCAAGGUUGUACGUAAAAGUGUUGCAUUAUUUUUUUGCACCCUAUACUAGAGGUGUUUAAGACAGAGGGUACCAGUUCUGAAAAUUAAAUAGAUAAACAUGUAUAUAUCAUUGUAUGAAUAUUAUUUUCUGUUAGUGUUAGUGCUUCUUCCUAUAUACCUUUUCUUCAAACUAUGGUCAUGGUUGGGUUGGCAAUUAUUUGUAAAUAAUUAAUACUAAAUUCUUUGUCUGCGA